GUCAAAUCAAAUCUAUAAAACCAUUUUUAAAAAUUAAAUCCGAGUGUUUGUUUAAGUUUUAAUUUAUAAUUCGACAUGUGGUAAAAAAAAAUAAAAACAAAAACAGAUCCAAGUCGGCACUGGCUGACUGAGUCUCUUCCCUUUGGCCGAAAAGGAAAGAGGCCGUCAUUCAGUCGAGCCUAAUCGCUUCAGCUAACGUAACCCCUUCAAAAUCCAGAUUCGGUUUUGUAAAGGCUAAAUUUUCUGGGACUGUUGUUUGCUUUGUGCAGUUAUCCUAACUUCAUUUGUGAAAUCUCUUUUUAUCGUAUGUCCAUCCAGAAUCUAAAUACAUUCGACCCGUUUGCAGAUGCAAUUAAGGGUUCUGAUGACGAUGUGCAAGAUGGGCUCGUUCAUAUAAGAAUACAACAGAGAAAUGGUCGUAAGACUCUAACUACAGUGCAAGGACUUUCAUCUGAAUAUGACUUGAAAAAGAUUGUUCGAGCAUGUAAAAAAGAGUUUGCUUGCAAUGGAACUAUGAUUGAACAUCCAGAAUACGGGGAAGUGUUACAAUUGCAAGGAGAUCAGCGUGAGAAUAUAUGCCAGUGGCUCACCAAAACUGGUCUUGCAAAACCUGAUCAAUUGAAAGUCCACGGAUUCUAAGUUCAUAAAAAUACAACAAAAAAAUACAAAAACUAACUGGAAAAAAAGGAGAGAAAAAACCCAAAAAUGAAAUUCAAUUGUAUUAUUAAUUCACCAGAAGUUGCCCUGUUGUACUGACGACCAUAACAGAUUUACAAGAAAUAUUUAAGGAGAUUUAAUUAGUAAUUUUGUUGUUCUUUGUU